CCGUGUCUCCAUUCUCUCGCAAAUCAGCUGGCGGGAUAAUAGAGCAGUUUGCGGUAUUUGCUGUCGAUUGACGAGACCGUGUACCAGCUUCAGUAGUCUGUCUUACGCAUACAAAGAACUUGAUUACGCUGUUUCAUCAAAAACAUGACAGGCCAUGUGUCUGUUACGUCCAGGACUUCUCAAGCGACCCUUGUAAGACCCUCAGCUUGGCAGCAGUUUACAGAUUUUGCAAAUGUUCUGAAGGCUUUUAUAGGAACAAGCUAUUUGGCAUUACCAUUUGCUUUUAGUAAGAGUGGAUUAGUGCUUGGAGCUGUUGGACUAGUAAUCAUUGCCUUAAUAACAGACCAUUGCUGUCAACUUAUAAUUAAAUGCAAAAAUGCUGCUGUGGAUAUGAUUCUUAACUCAACUCCAAGAUACCAAGAACUCCGAACAGAAGCUUUGUAUGACGAGAUGGAAAAAGUCAAGGAGACUAUUGAAAAGGAAAUGACACUUGGUGACAUUGGAAAAAUCGCAGUUGGACCAUGGGGAUUGAGACUUGUCAACACAGCAUUAAUAAUCACACAGUUAGGGUUCUGCGUUGCUUAUUUCAUCUUUAUUGGAAAUACCAUAGGAGAAAUGUUUCCUCUCAAAUACAAAUCUGAGACUGUGAUCCCAGUUGUAAAUGCAACAUUGUCUGAACCAACUAGUGCUACAAGAAUGACCCACUACUCAAUGAUAUGGAUGAACUCCUCUUCAAUGAUACCUCCACUCCAUAGCACUAAGACAGCACCUAAAUUCUCCCUCCUUGUAUUAAUUCCUUUCCCUUUCCUUGUUGCAAUGGCCUUUGUGAAGAGCAUUCGUAAACUUGGACCAAUCAGCGGUGUUGCUAAUGUGACACUACUUGCUGGUUUUUUUGGGCUUCUUGCAUUUCUGUUGAGGGGAAAAAAGUUUAAUCUGAAAGAUGUCAGUUAUGCCGAACUGUCCACCUUCCCAAUCUUCUUUGGACAGCUGACGGGAGCUUAUGAGGGGAUAGGAACUGUAAUACCUAUUGAAUCCAGCAUGGCGGAGAACCGGCCUCGUUUCCCCCUCUACCUUCACAUAGCACUAGCACAAGUCUCUUUCAUUCUUGGUUCAUUUGGAAUACUUGGUUACAUGAUCUAUGGCAGCACUGUUCCACAGAUUGUAACAGAUAGGCUGCAGACAGGGAUUGUGGCACAGUUAGUGCGGUUCACACUUAUCAUAGCUGUUAUGAUGACCUACCCUCUCCAACUCUACCCAGUUAUUGAAAUUGCGGAGUCUGUUUUAUUCACUAAGAUCCAUUCCAAAAGUAAAUCUCACCUAGGUGCAGUUAUUGCAGGUCCAAGUAUGGAUCCAGAUAGCAAUCCAGUUUCUCCUGUGGACUCUAAUAGCAUUGACUCUCACUAUCCUGUGUCAAACUCACCAGAUGAUUUGUCCACCAGUGUAAAUUCGGAGACUCAAGUUCUUAUUCCAAAGGAGACAGAAGAACUUCAGUUUAAGACAGCAACUUGGAAGAGGAAUUUACUUCGUGCAGUGCUAGUAACUAUAACAGCAGGGAUAGCCAUUGCACUCAAGAAUAAAUUUGCCUAUGUGAGUGCUCUGACUGGUUCAUUAGGAAGCUCAGUGUUGGCUUACAUUCUACCAUGCAUAUUUCACAUCGUCCUGUACAAAAACACCAAUUCUGUAGCUGUAGUUAUAAAGGACAUAAUUAUUGUGGUAUUUGGUAUAGUCGGUGGUGUUGUGGGUGUGGUCAUUACUAUUCAAGAUAUGGUCAAGGAUUAAUCUUAGUAAACUGAAACUUGCCUUUCAUCAUCCAGGCUUCUAAGGUGGGACCUUUUUGGUCUUCAUGAUGAGAAAAUUUUUCACAGCUGAAUUAACAUUGAAAGGGGCAGAUUUGGCAAGCUGUGUCUGAUGGUUAUUGAGGAAGCUUUAAAAUUUUCUCUCAGUACUGCUUAGGAUCAGGAUCUAUUUGAUGUCUUAAAUCAUAAAAUGGUUGCCAAAGAUAAAAUUUUGGUUUCUAGAAAAAAUAAUGCUAACCAUGCUGCUUUUUUCUGGAGUAAGCAGUAUAACUGGCCUUUCUUAUGUAAAGAUUCACACAACGUCUUAAGGCUGAAUCCUGAGUAGAAAGAAGUAAAUUUUUACAGGAGAAAAUGUCAGAGUAGGGAUUGAGUGACAUUUCAUAAGAGAUGUUUAUCUCACUUUAACUAAGGUACACACCAAAAAAAACCAUGUUAUGAUACAUACACUUUGCUACAUGAUCAUCAAAUAGAAGUCUGCAAAUUGGCCACUGGUCUUACAAAUUUAGACACCAACAUUUUACUGGUGGCCAGGGCAACCAAAAUAGUAGCAGCUAGAAGUGUUGUAAAAAUGAGAUAAACAAUUUUAUACCACAAUUCUUUUUUUUUUUUGUAUUGUUUUCACCAAAAAUUUUCUCUUGUCAGAAUAUUAAGUGUUAAGAUUUCCCUUGAAACAGCAAAUAAAUUUUUUUUUUGUGCAACUGAAAUUUAAUUUCUGAUGACUUAAUGACUCAAGGUCAACAAAUAGCAACUUUGAAAAGGGCCUGGAUUGAUAACCUGCUGUGUAACUCAUGUUGUUCUGAAGGUUGGAAAAAUGUGAAUGUAGGAAUGUUUCAGAGUGUUUCAAAAGAAACAAGCCAUGCAGAUGCUAGAAAACUGUUCCUAACUGUGAUAGGAACUGUCUUUAGUUUGUGCUUUUGUGGUUUGCCCAUGUAUCCCAAUCUUCAGUGUGAUUGACCAAAACACUUUUAACUUUCCCAAAAUAUUUCAGAUGUUCAUGGUUUUUAUAUGCUGAACAGUAAUAACCAACAUG